AUGCUUCGUUAUGGCCGGGGCCUGAAAUUCAGCAGCCGUCACGGCGGAAUAGGAUCGAUUCAGGGGAAACCCCAGCGAAAAGGCAAGAGCCAGGUUUUGAUUGAAGAAAUGUCGCGUCUUUCGCCAAAUGAGCCCCAGCUACUCCUUGGGAUUGAGCGCUUUGGCCCCAUUGAGCUGACGAGGAAGCAAACAAGCUACGCACUCCCCCCCUUUGCUGGCGAGAGGACUGUUUUCGUGUUUGUUCGUGGGAGCUUUGGGGGCCUCACCGAGUUCCGUCGCCUCGUUUCCAAAAGAUGCUUGGAUUUCCGUAACUCCUCUUCACUGUCAGCUCCGGUGUCGCAAUCGAUGCAAUGCAACCACGACGCUCACUGUCUUGCUUAUUUUCUGACGGAUGUGCUUCGGAGCUUCGAAUUGGACGCCGAAGUACCCAUACUUGAUAGCGGGGAUCAUCGACCACCAGGUCCUCGACAAAAGAUCACAAUUCAACCGCCGUCAACCGACAGCCCCGCACAGUCUCCUCGGCCCGAUGCUCGCACCGUCGUUUUGCCCUGCCGGCUGCAUUACAAUACUUCGUACCUUCCCCGUGCUGCGGACGACGGACUUUAUCACGACAACUGCGGGAUUGGGAGGGGACCCCGUCCAAACCUCAUCCAAACCUCAUCCAAACCCCAUCCAGACCCCAUCCAGACCCCAUCCUUCACCGUUAUUAUCUGCACGGCGGGAGAACAGACCGAUUUCUUACCCUCUUACAUACCUCUUCCUCUUCCUCAUACCCUGAUACCCCUAUACCCAUGCGCCCCUGCGUCUCUACGACGCCCCAAAUCCCUCCCCUCAUCCCUCGUCCCGCCUCCUCCUUCUUUGUCUCCUCCCCUCCGGAGCAUCGCAUCAGCCCUGACGUACGCCUUUCUUGUCGACCCUUGGGACCUUCCUCAUACGUCGACUCCGACAUCAGCAGCCAUGGCAUCCAUUCAGGAGAUGGAUGAGUUUGUGGACUGGGACAAGGCUGGAGCUUCUACCGGCCCUUCGGUCGACCCUUCUAUCGACCCUUCCAUCGACCCUCUAGGCACCUCUGCUCAUCAAGACAUCAUACCUACCGAUCCUGACCUCGACUUAGUCCUGGCCAACGUCGAUGACGACGAUUGGAGUUUCUGGGCCCUACAGCACUUCAACGGCCAACCCACCGAGGAGCCCCUAUUAGACACCUUCGAGGUCAGCGCCACUUUCAACGACGCCAACCCCCCGCCGGACUCCCUCUCUGAGCCGUGGUGGCUCAUUCCGGACGCUCCCUGUGCUAACUGCACCCUGGGGCGAUACCAGUGCAAGAAGAUUAAGGAGGGUCAGUACAAGAACUACUGCACAUCUUGCGUUGCUCUUCGAUGCGAGUGCAGUUUCGCCCGCCCGGCCAACUCCGCUGCCCAGGGCCGCAACGCGACCGCUACCGCCAUGGACUCCGAAUGGUCCAUGUCUAGCCUCCCUCUAAACCCAUGGCCGACGGCGGGGGAGCAUCCCAAUGCCAUCCCUCAAGAGGGCCUGAACAUCCUGGCUCUGCACGGCUCUUCGCACCCGGCCGCUCCCCUUUCUGCCGAUACCGCACCAUCCAAUGCCGCCAUUGCCGCCAUUGCCGCCAUUAACGCCAUUAACGCCAGUAGCAGCAGCAGCAGCAUCAGUUCCGCUGGCCCAGGCCCGGGCCCGGGCCCGGGUCCCGGCCCUAACACCAACAACAGCCCGCCGCCCAAGAUCGGCGCUCGUUUCUCGCGAGAGUCGGUCAAGAUCCUGAAGAACUGGCUCCUAUCCCACAACCGCCAUCCUUACCCCAGCGACGAAGAGAAGGAAAUGCUCCAGCGCCAAACCGGCUUGAACAAGACCCAGAUCAGCAACUGGCUCGCCAACGCCCGCCGGCGUGGCAAGGUCCAGCCACCCCGGUCCACGUCUCCUCACGUUCGCAGCAGCUACUCGGGCCCCAUCGACAUCCCACGACGCCCUGGGACCCCCGCCCUGGAGAGCAACAUGCGCCACCUGAACCCGCUGGAGCGUUGGGUGGACUCCCCGCCCGAACACGAACCCGCCUCGGUGACCGCCAUUGCCAGGGCCGUGGCCUCCAACUCGAGCCAGUCAUCGAGCCUGGCCAGCCCCUACAGUUUCGCCUGCACCGACGACGGCUCGAACCGCUCCCUCUGCAACGCCUCCUCCACGAGCAGCGUAGGCACUUCGAGCGGUGGCUCCUUCGCUUCGGCCUACUCUCAUGCCUCCCACGGCUCGUUCGGCUCUUUCGGUUCGGCCAACACCCGUGGCCGUCGCCGCCGGAGGAGGCGAGCCAACCCGAAGCGCGUCGACCCCAAGACCUCCCUGGCCGCGCCCCUCAAGACCUUCCAGUGCACUUUCUGCACGGAAACGUUCAGGACCAAGCACGACUGGCAGCGCCACGAGAAGUCGCUUCACCUCUCGCUGGAGCGAUGGGUCUGCGCUCCGAACGGGCCCCGCGCCCUCCACCCCGCCCCGAACCAGCCGCCCUGCUGCGUCUUCUGCGGCGAGCCGAACCCGGACGACGCCCACGUCGAAAGCCACAAUUACUCCACCUGCCAGGAACGCUCGCUCGACGAGAGGACUUUUUACCGCAAGGACCACCUCAACCAGCAUCUGAGGCUGGUGCACAACGUCAAGUUCCUCGACGGGUGCAUGAAGCCCUGGAGGGUCGCCACCCCCGAAAUCCGCUCGAGGUGCGGUUUCUGCGGCAUCGUCAUGGACACCUGGUCCAUCCGCGUCGACCACCUGGCCGAGCACUUCAAGACGGGCAACACCAUGGCCGACUGGAAGGGCGACUGGGGUUUCGAAGCGCCCGUGCUCGAGAUGGUGGAGAACUCCAUCCCGCCUUAUCUCAUUGAAAAUGAACGGAACUCGCCUCUGCCCUACGUGGCCAGCGGUGCGCCCGCCGAAUCGCCGAGGAGCGCCUACGAGCUCAUCAAGAUCGAACUCGUCCACUUCAUGAUGAACCACGAGGACCGGACCGGCAAGCUGCCGGACGACUACCAGAUGCAGCUCGAAGCCUGCCGUAUCAUUUUCGCCUCGGAGGUCCUGUCCCUGCAGGGCAUCGACUCCAACUUCUCGUGGCUGAGGGACCUCCUGAUGUCGUCCGAAGAGAUCACCAGGCAGGCCCAGUUCGGUCCCCUGAGGACGGCCAUCGAGAGCAGGCUGUCGAUCCUCAAGAUCAACGGCAAGGACAACCUUUUCGAGCAGUGCCCGCUGGAGCAGCACCUCCGCGAGUACGUCCGCACCAAGUCGCUCCUGGGGUUAACCGCCAUGGACGAGGAGCUGCAGGAGGAAGCCUGCCGCACGGUGGGCCGCAUCGAGGAGGUCUCGACGUCGCCCUCCGACUUCAUCGCCAACUGGCUGGUGCGUCUGAUCAACGCGUCGACGGCCUGGCUCGCCAACUUCCGCCAGCGCGCCCACCUCCCGCGUACCGAGGACAUCGUGUGCGCCCACCUGCGGUCGACCGACUCGACCAAGAUCGACUCGACCAUCCACAACUACAGCCGGCUGGAGACGGAGCUGGGCGUGUACAUGGACGCGCAAAAGGCCAAGGGCGUCGAGCCUUCGGACGAGGACCUGCAGCGCCAGGCCCGUAUCGUCAUCUACGAGUUUGACGACGGGUGGAACCAGACGGCUGCCGAUAACAUGCAGUGGCUGCACGCUUUCAGGCAGCGUCAUUGCCGCCGGGCGUCGCAGGGUAAUAAUGCUCUGACUGCGGACUCGGGUUCGAGCGUGGGGACUGGGGGGCAGCAGCAGCAAGGACACCUACAACAGCAACAACAACAACAACAACAACAAGAACCGCUGCAGCAACCACAGCUGCAGCAGCAGAGUCUCGCACUCACCCAGACCGAUCUAAAACGGGUCGGUGGUUAUAUGAGGAUGAGCCAGCAGGCAGUCAACAACCUCGUCAAGAGCGGGUUCAAGACGGGGACCUACUUCCUCAACGACGCCAACUGUUACCGUCGUUUGGCCUACGAGCUCUCUCGCUAUGUCGUUGCAGCCAUGUCUCCGAACAAUCCGAACCGACAUAUCCCGUCGGAUGAAGAGCUGCAGCACCAGGCUCGUUGGAUUCUAUAUGAUGAUGAUGAUCCCUGGAACCAAACCGCCGCCGAUAAUGCAGAGUGGCUGCAGCGCUUCAAGCGGCAAACCGGAAUCACCACCACGGGGCCCGGCUUGCCCGAAGGUGACCAAUGGUCUCUUACGCAGGGCGGCACCGGUUUCGCACCGCCCUAUGCAUUCCCCAGCCGACAACAGGGACGGGGCAACUGGCGGCUUGCCACAGCAACCACCGCUUCCGCGACGACGGCACCUCCCGGCACCGGCGCAGUCAAAUCAUGCCCGCUGUCCUCGACGUCUUUCUCCGCGACCGCCUGCCCCACCGCAAAGGGCAGCAGCAGCACCAGCAGCAGCACCAGCAGCCCCGGCGGCAGCGGGCUCGUAGAGAUCAACAUCGGCGACGGCACGAAGCCGCUCGACGUGGACCAGGCCGUGCUGGAUAGGUACCUCGAGACCUUCGAGACGCGGUACCCCCGUCCGGCGACGGUGUUUUGCUCGCGCGAGCUCGAGGCAGGGCUGGUCGCCUUUGUGAGGGCGCAGGUGGCGUCGGGGCGGGGUUUCCCGGACGAUGCGGCGCUGCGGGCGCGGGCUAGGGGUAUACUCGGCACCCCUGAGACGGCAGCGGAUGAUGAGCUCCUGUUGGGCAAGUUUAAGGAGUGGGUUACCGGGAAGCUCGGACUUGAGUCUCAAGCGCGGAGUGGAACGUCGGGGGAUCCCAAGACGGGUAUGACGGAUGAGGAGAUGGACAAUAUCCUCGCGAGCAUGAACUGCGAGAUGGGAAUAGGAUGGGAUUUGGGGGCUACGUCCCGGGAUAUUGCCUUUUCUUCUUCUGUUCUUGUGUUUACAUACCCUAGGAGGCGACUGGCAGCGGCAGCUACGACAGACAGCCUUGGUAAAAUGAUCAAUCUUCUCUACUCCUAUGACAUGAUGGCAUCGAACAAUGAAGAAUGCCCGUUGGAUGCCCUGGCGGUUUACACCGAGGGUUCAUGUCUGAAGUCUCCUCCCACCAAGAGAGUCGGCAUAUGCUAA